AUGCGGCUCUCCGGAGGCGAGGCGCGCUUGCUCGAGUGGCCUCGAAACGUCAUCGGCAAGAAACUUCGAAGAAACGCGUGGCGCAACCUCAGCUCUGCUGGGCCAAGUUUGCAAAUUCUGUCACAAUCUCCAUACGGGAGAAAUACGUGUUAUGAAGUGUGCGCCAAGGUUGUAACUAUGUGUCUAUUGGCAAAGUAUCCAUUUAUUACGGUUAACACUCUCAUAACCCAGUGCGCCGCGGCGAUGCCGCCAAAGAAGAAGGCAGCGGCCAAGAAGGGCAAGGCUGCCGCAAAGCCCGCGUACCUGACCGACGAGGAGCACUGCGCGCCGUUCGGUCUCUUCGCCAACGACAUCGUGACGACACCGCUGGGCAUCUCGUGCACGGUGCUCGGCGUCAAAUACGCCGGCUCGGUCGAAGACAGAGAGAACGCGCGCGUGUGGGUGAGAUACCCGAACGGUCGCGAGGCGCCGAUCGAGAACCCGGCGGAAUACGUCUUUGGUAACGGAUACGUACGUGGGAGCGGGAACGAGAUACUCCGGAGGGAGGCGGCUAGGGUGGCGGAGGAGGCGCGAAAGAUCCUCGCGGCGAAGAUCAAGGCUGACCGAGAAGCCGCGGCGAAGGAGGCGGCGAUAAAGGCGGAGGAGGCGGCGAAGGAGGCGAAGAAGAAGGCAAAGGCGGAGGCGAAGCGGCUGAAGGAAGAGGCGGAGGCUGCCGCGGAGGCGGAGGCUGCAGCCGCGGGGGGAUGA